ACACGGGUGACGAGCAGCAACGAUCGUUUUUGGAGAGCGCGCCAGGGUUUCCCGAUCCUAAACCGUUCCAAACCGAUUCCAAUCGAUACGUUACGAUACGACCCGAUUCGCUAGAGAAGAAAAGCCAACGGAUGAUCAAAAGGCGCGCGCACGGAUCAGUGAAUGCGGUUAAAUCGGUGCCAAAUCCAUCGAUCUUACGGGAGGUCCCCCAGUCGAGUUAAACUAAACCGAUAUAAUCCGAAAUCCAAAAGCAUAGCAAAACCCAUUGUAGUGUCAUUAAGCAGUGUGUGCAGUUCCCGCUUCCCCAAUAAGGUGUGAUAAGUGCGUGAUAAUUUUCGAGGCAACCUAGUCGAGUGCGAUCGUUUUGGCCCGAAAAUGUGCUAAUCAGAUCUCAGUCUUGGUUCACGGCAUCGCAGCCCGACGCUGCUCCGCACAACUGGCGCCAAUUUGUAUACAAAUUUCAUGCCUUAAUUGAAACUCACAUUAUAGCCAAGUGCGAAAAGUUAACGACUAGGCAACCGUCGACAAUCCCCAUCAAUAAUAAACCAUCGCUGCGAAUCCAACCGGAGAAAGUUUCACGGCGGAGUCGACAAAAGUAAACGGAGAAGGAGACAAUUGCAAUUCUGGAGUUCUUCAAUCAACUGUCAUCGGCCGAAAUGGACCCAGAGUCGCAGUGUCCGCAGUAUGGCGAGGUGAACCAGCUGGGCGGCGUCUUCGUCAACGGCCGUCCGCUGCCGAAUGCGACCAGGAUGCGGAUCGUGGAGCUGGCUCGUCUGGGAAUCCGACCCUGCGACAUAUCCCGCCAGCUGCGAGUGAGCCACGGCUGCGUGUCGAAGAUCCUGGCCAGGUACCACGAGACGGGCUCCAUACUGCCCGGCGCCAUUGGUGGGUCCAAGCCGCGCGUGACCACACCCAAGGUGGUCAACUACAUCAGGGAGCUGAAGCAGCGGGAUCCGGGCAUAUUCGCCUGGGAGAUCCGCGACCGCCUGCUCAGCGAGGGAAUCUGCGAUAAGACGAAUGUGCCCAGUGUGAGCUCCAUCUCGAGGAUCCUGCGCAACAAGCUGGGCAGUCUGGGCGGCCACCAGCACACGCCGGGAGCGGUGAUGGGCAGUGGGAGCAGCAGUGGCGGCGGCAGUGUGUCCAGCAAUGGUGGCCCCAACAAUGCCGCCAACAACAAUGUGAAUCUGGGAAAUCUGGCAAAUGCCGGCGGUGGACCGCACCACCCGCACCACCAUCAUCAUCACCAGACGGCGGUGGCGGCGGCGGCCAGUGCCCACCACGUCCACGCCCACGCCCAUGCCCACGCCCACCUGUACAACUCGAUCUACCAGCCGUACAGUGCCGCGGCGGCCUACAGCAUGAAGGCCGUGUCCUGCGGCAGUCCUUCGCCACCGCAGGGAGGUGGUGGCCAGGGAUCCGGGCCCCAUCCCCACCAGCUGAGGAGUGUGGCCGCGGCCGCUGCCCACUGGCCCUCCUCCCACUCGGUGAGCGACAUCCUGGCCCACCACCAGGCGGUGGCGCUGCGGGCCAGUUGCCAGGUGGGCGUCGGUGUGGGUGGCAUGGGCGGCAUGGGCGGGAUGGGCAGCACGGUGUCCCCGCUGCCGAUGACCCCCUCACCCGUGGCGGGUGCGGCCGGGGAGCCCCUGCUCGACUGCGAGGGCGGGGCCGGGCAGCAGUCGCCGUACAACUACUACAUGUACUUCCAGAACGGCGGCAUGCACCACCACCAUCACCACGGCGGGAUGAUGGCCGCCGGAGCCACGGGAUUAUGAGGGGCUGGUCGAUCAUCAGCGGGUUGGUUUGCGGGCUUAGCUACUUUCGAUCGCGGUUGUUCAGUCUAGGUUACUCUAGUCUAAGCGCUAGUUAGGGCAUGGUCAUCAUAUCAUGGCACUCAUUUAUCACUCGAAUAAAUUAAAUAGUAGUAAAAAGAAAAUAAGCACACAACAUGUUCCGCUUAGUUAUCAUUUUCCUGGAAAUUCUUUUCGACCAAGAAGCUUGCAAAUAUUGGAAUGUGACUAGACAAAUGUAAAUAGAUAAAACGUUGUGAAAAAUGUCUAAAAGAUUAUUUACACAAGCUCAAGGUUUGUUUGCUUACACAGAACAAAAUUGUUAUAACAAAUUGCUUAUAAAUUCUUUAACACUUACUUAAGGAAUUUAAAUGAAAAGGUUUUAAGUGAAUACAAAAUACAGAAUACGGUUUUCCAAAUAGGAAAGCCAACUAAAUUUUUUAUAAAUAAAUAUCAGUUUCUAAAAUACACUAUUACAGCCUAUUAAAUAUUACAAAUGGGUGUUAUGUGAUAAGUGAUUGCCAUGUUCUAUGCCAUCUACAUGUGAGUUGAGGGCUGUCAGGACUGAGACCUGGCAUUGUCCCCAUUUCCUUACGAAUUUCAUGCAAUCCUGGAGAUUUAACUUUGCGUUCUUUGUUUUUUUUUGAGUUGGAGUUGAAAAUAUCACGUUAGUUUAAAGUAAAUCCUUUAUUGCAAAAUGGAAAGUAUUGAGUGGUAGGCUAAUCGAUUUAGCUGCAUACGUGUUGUAUAGGUUCUUGUUCUCAUCACUACUAUUUGUACAAUAUGCUCAUUAAGUAAACUAGUUGACUAAUUUAUGCUACGAUUACAUCAAUUACAAUUAAACCAAGUGUAACUAUCGAAUAAAAUUGUAUUUUUA